AUGAAUGCCCAAGCACCCAGCAAAUACAUCACUCUCGUCUCUGGCGAUGGCUUCGAGUUCGUCGUCCUCCGCGACGCUGCUCUGGUCAGCCCCAUCAUCAAGGGAAUGCUCGACGUGAGGAGUCAAUUUGCUGAGGCCAAAGAGGCUCGUUGUGUUUUUCAGGAGAUGAGCGCCAUGGUCCUUGAUAAGGUUGUCGAAUACUUCCACUACUGGUACCGCUACCGCAACAGCGAAGACGUUCCCGACAUGGAUAUUCCGGUCGAGCUUUGCCUUGAGCUGUUGGCCGCCGCGGAUUACCUGGGCCUGGACCAGGCGAAUAUGAGCAUGAAGUGA